CUCUCUCUCUCUCUCUCUCGCGAUCGAAUUCGAGGGUUUCGAUUGAAUGAUGGAAGGGGAGAAAUGGAAAGCAGAGGAAGCAAUAGCGGGGAAUCGAAGAGCUUUGGAAGCUCUGAGGGAGCUCGUCAUCUACCCUUUUCGCUAUGCCCGCGAGUCCCAGAAGCUUGGCCUCAAGUGGCCGCGAGGGUUGCUUCUUUAUGGCCCGCCUGGAACUGGAAAGACAAGCCUGGUACAUGCUGUAGUUCGAGAAAGUGGUGCCCAUAUUACUAUGAUCAGUCCGUAUUCUGUUCAUAGAGCACAUGCUGGAGAAAGCGAGAAGGUUUUACGUGAAGCAUUUUCUGAAGCGUAUUCACAUGCGUCAUCAGGGAGGCCUUCUGUUAUAUUUAUUGAUGAACUUGAUGCCAUUUGCCCUCGCCGAGAUAAUAGAAAAGAACAAGAAUCUCGCAUAGUUGGUCAGCUCUUAACACUGAUGGAUGGAAGCAAGUCUUUAUUGAAGCCUCUACCACACAUUGUUGUUGUAGCCUCAACUAACAGGGUGGAUAGUGUGGAUCCGGCAUUACGAAGGCCAGGUCGCUUUGACUCAGAAGUUGAAGUUGCAGUUCCUACUGCUGAGGAACGUUUACAAAUUAUUCAGCUCUAUGCAAAAAAUCUACCCUUGGAUCAUAAUGUUGAUUUAGAAGUUAUUGCUGCAUCGUGCAAUGGAUAUGUUGGUGCGGAUUUAAAAGCCUUAUGCCGUGAAGCUGCUAGAUUUGCACAACGAAGGGGCUCAAAUGCUGGGAUGGGAGAAAAUGGAAUUUUGUUGACAAUGGAGGAUUGGGAUUUCGCAAGAUCUGAGGUUGGUGCAAGUAUAACAAGAGGUGCUUCUAAAGAAGUUUCAAAGGUAUCAUGGGAUGAUAUCGGAGGACUAAAAAGUUUAAAGAAAAAACUCCAGCAGGCUGUUGAGUGGCCUAUAAAACAUGCUGAUGCAUUUGCAAGAUUAGGGAUAUCACCAGUGCGUGGUAUUCUCUUACAUGGACCUCCAGGUUGCUCAAAGACUACCCUUGCCAAGGCCGCAGCUCAUGCUGCUCAGGCAUCUUUCUUUUCCCUAAGUGGAGCGGAAUUGUACUCAAAGUAUGUUGGGGAAGGAGAAGCCUUGCUACGUAGAACAUUCCAAAAAGCACGUCUGGCAGCACCAAGUAUCAUAUUCUUCGACGAGGCUGAUGCAAUUGCUCCGAAACGCGGUGGCCAUGGUGGAAAUUCAAGCGGCAAUGUCACUGUUGGAGAGAGACUUUUGUCAACAUUAUUGACCGAGAUGGAUGGUUUAGAGUUAGCAACAGGCAUUAUUGUCUUAGCUGCUACAAAUCGGCCUCAUGCAAUUGAUGCUGCGCUGAUGCGGCCUGGUCGCUUUGAUUUGGUGUUAUAUGUGCCUCCACCAGAUGUAGAAAGCCGAUAUGAGAUACUACAGAUUCACACACAGCAAAUGAAGUUGUGUGCCGACGUAGACCUUAAAAGGGUUGCAGAAUGCACUGAUCUCUUCACCGGAGCUGAUCUCGAGGGUUUAUGCAGGGAAGCAGGCAUGGUAGCUUUAAGGGAAGACCUUUCAGCUGAUUCUGUUUCUGAUCGUCAUUUUCUCGCUGCUAGGUCUUCACUCCGGCCAUCGCUCACCAGGUCCAUAGUCGAUGAAUAUGCCUCCAUUGAGUUCUGCCGCUGAUACAAAUAUACAUAUCGGCAAUGUGCUAUUUAUAAGGUUUAAAUUGUCUGGCUAUCCCAAUGAAUGGGUUACAAGGUCAUGUUCGUGGAUUAGAGGCUGUAAUUUUUGCCUGAAACGUUGAGCAUCAAAAAUCAUUUUAGUGCUUGCUUGGAGAAACAUUUCUUGCUGAUACUAUAAGAACAAAAAAAUAGGAGAGAAUGAUGGCAAGGUAAGUUAAAGAUGUAGAAGGUUUGUGCUGGA